CCCACAAAGGAUCUUAGAAAGACAGAAGAUUCUGUGUACUACUUAAAAUAAACCAAAUGUAAAAGAAGUUUAAAAUGAAGAGGAAACGGAAUAGAAAAGACAGAAAGAAAGACGCAGACAAAGCCGGCAGGAACAGUGACAGCACCAGGGAAGGCAAGCAGAGAGAGUGGAGGAAGAAAUCAGAGCAUGGGUGCACAAGCCCAAACCCAACCCAGUCCCAGAGCCAGAUGGAAGAUACCCUCGGCCGAGGGACGAGGGACCAGGCUGAACUCGCAGCUGAUCAGGGUUCCACCAGCUGUUUUCCUGAAACAGGAAAAGUGGAGGCUCAGACUCAGACAAGCGAAGCAGAGGUAAAAGACAAAACAACCCAAACGGAAUGUAUCAGUCAAAGUACGCGUCACACGCAAACAGAGUCAAAGAUCACUAGUGAAGCUGCACUGCCAGAACAGCAACCGAUGCAGGUCCACCCUGAGCCUCCAGGGGGCACUGUGGAACCAGCGUCCUCAGGCAGAACGAAUGCACUGAAGGAGAAUAAUGAAGGCAAGGGUACCAAGCAUUCUGAGCAAGACCCGGGACCUCUUGUUCCUGAAAAAGAUCAUAAGAAAGGAAAGACUGUACUGUCAGGCAAAGGUGUGCCAGACCACGAAGGAAAGGUGAAGGAUCAUAAGAAGGAGAAUGGAGCAGAGUCAGGAGAUGUCCCACAGAGGUCCUCUGACUCAGAGUCAGGAGAAGUCCUGAAGAAGUCCUCUGACUCAGAGUCAGGAGAAGUCCUGAAGAAGUCCUCUGACUCUGAUUCAGAAAAAAGAGAACCUAGGUCAUACGCGGCUGUAGCAUCAGGUGUAGAACAAACCAAAGAUGCAAAGGAACGAAGGAAUCAAUCAGCAGAGAGACAGGAAGGGAAGGCGGCCGGUGACGGAGCACAGGGAAAGUCAUUAGGGGGAGGACCCAGUGGGCAGCAAAAGUUCACCUUUUAUAUGUACAUAGUGGUGGACAAAUGCUUUAGGUUUAACAGAGACUGUGAUAAACUCAUGCUGCUCCAACAAGACAGCCAUUUCGUAAUGGAAAUGACCUACUUCAGGGGCUUGGGAAAGCAUGGCUACCUGAUCGAGGCAAACUUCUCUGUUGAUGAAAGUAUGGUGCUUAGAGGAAACAGAUUGGAGUAUAAGUAUGCAGUGCUACAACGACAGAAAGUAAUACAGGAAAUAGCAACAAGAUACCUUUUGAUCCCCGGCGAUCGGUCAGUAAAAGAACUGCACCUUUUUGAGGCGUACAUGAGUUGCCAAGGAUCAUUUAAAGAUUGGCUGUGGAGCUGGAUUAAGACUGCAGAUAAAGUUAUUUCUGAGGCUUGGGACUUUUCCGCACAUGUACUUCUGGAUAGAUUGUUUGAGAAGUGGGAUCCAUCAAACCAGGACAGCAUGCAGGCGUUUACACAACACUUAAACCACUAUAAAAUAGGUUUCCUGGCUGCCAGAGAGCAUGUAUUUUACUUCGAAAAUCUGCCUACUCCUAUUGUAAAGGUACUAGAGCUGAUAGAAAAUAAGCUGGUAAGGCUACUGAAUGGUGAGGCAGGAGGAGGGUCUACAGAGCGCAUGGCUCACCUCAACCCUCUGAUGAUUGGCCUCUCAGUGUACCAGGUGUGCUGUGCAUGUCGUGUCGACCUUGGGAUCAAGAACUGGGGCACUCUCUGUCACAUAGUGUCAUCUGACCCUGCUCUCAGACAAUUAGGAAAAGUGCAAAAUACCUUUCCACUCCUACUUAACAUGGUGGUGGGUCUGAUUAACAACUGUGCGAGGAAGCUGGUUUCAGAGCUCGUGCUGCUGGUUCCUCUGCUCCAUUCUCUGAGAUCGCCUGGCACGUACUCGGCCCGUCUCGGCCCAGCUGUUGAGGAAGCUAAUUGGACAGCCCUUCUUGAUGUGGAGUAUCGUCCAUACAGGGAGAACAUAAGAGCAUACCCUGACAAGAGGAGAAUGAUGCUCAAGAUUUUGGAUGACCACAAAUCAGUGGCUAAGGAAAAAGAGCAUGUUUUGAGGAGCUGGUUGUCUAUGGUGGCAUUUGAUGAUAUUACUGAGUUUGCCAAGUUGACACACAUUGUGCCUGAACAUGUGAUCCAAUGCCUGAUGUACAGACUAAAGGAGUUAGAACUGAACAUAGACAAAACUAAUUUUGAUAAUUCAAAGAAAAACCUACAGAUCACCGAAGAGAUCUUGAGACAUGCACUAAACUGGAAGGAAGACGACAGGAAAAGAAUCAUGUACUCUGAAUACUUGGACUCCAUUUUUGAGUGCUGCAGACGUGUUCAUAAGAGCACUUGCAGAAUAACUCGGGUUACUUCAUUGUUUAAGGCUGCGGUGUUGUCCUUCCAGUUGGUGCUAAAAGUUGCUGAAGUUCAGCAUGAAGAGCUUUCAAAAAAAGGAGAAGAGAAGGAUAAGGGAAAACAGUUUGUGUCACAACUUGAGAACAUGCAGCAGGAGUUCAGUCAGUGGAGGAAUGGUCUGCUUCACAAGCCUCUCUUCUCCCAGUCCAGACUUUCUUACCCUAAUGAAAUUGAGAUCUGGAAUGCUUUCUUUGAGCUGGAUUGUUCAGUCCAGUGUGUCAGAGAGCAAUGGCUACACAUUGUGGAGACAGACUUAAGAAAGCGGAUAUCUGAGCUCAGUGAUAUGCAGCAAGUGCAGGUGUGUUGUCUAGAAAUGUCGGCACAGGCUAUAAAGAAAAGCCACAGCAACAUUCAGACUUGUUUUGACAAUUUGUGUCUGUCUGCCAUCAGCAACAUAUGCCAGGAAGGAAAAGAGGGGGAUCUCCUGCGGACUCUCUUGUCAGACCCUAAGUGUCUUUCCUCUUCCAUCCUCUCCUCCAUCCUUGUCGAGUCAGCAGCUCGCUAUGGAGAGGACACAGUGACCCAGCUAUUGGACGGCCAGUCUGCAAUCCAUGUCCUUCUGUCCCAGGGGGACAGGAAUCAGUGGAAAUUAAAUAAGGAUGCCAAUCAGCUUAUAGAGAUUUGUCUGACAACUCUGAGUUCUCUGGUCAGGUCUCUUUGCCUAGGUGAUAUUCCUCUUGGCCACUUGCAGGCUAUCCUGAAACACUCAAAACGCUUUGAGAGGCUGUACCAAAAUUGUAAGAGACACAACAAAUUCGAUAACAUUUCUAUUGAUGCAGAAGAGUUGCUUGUUCAAAGGGAGAAAGACCUCAAAGCCCUGGAAGAACAGAGAAUACAUAUGGAUGUCCUCAUAAAGAUGAUUGCAAAAAUUGCAGAGAUGAUCCAUGUGCCUGAGAUCUCCUUACUUGAGCAACAACACAAAAUGAAUAAACAAACAUUGAGCUUAAAUGAGCUAGUGGAAGUGCAUCCAUGCUGUUCCAAGGAAGAUUUGAGAGGAAUCUCCACAGGGAGGGUGCUGUACUAUAGUGCUGACCCAGUAAUGCUAGAUAAGGCAAGGCAGAUGCAUGAAUUUCACGAGAGCAACCUUCUUCUCUGCUCAUGGGUGGAAAAGGCAACUGCACUGGCUUCUGCAACGUCUUGUGCUGUCCCUGUGUCUGUGAAGCUGAUGGAAGUUUUUUCUGAAAUCUGGGAGCCUUCUCUCCAUGACUUCUCCAAAUUAGCCUUGAGGAUUGCAUAUGGAGUUGCCACCUUUGAGGAAGUGGACAAAGUUGUGGAUGGGUGUGGUGAUGAAGGCGAGGGCACUCAGAUCAAGAAGGAACUGAAUCUUAUGGCAGCUAAGUUGGAGUCUUAUCAGGGCCCGGAGAAAGACUGGCCUGAAUUGAGGCUUAGUCAGAUCCAGGAAUACAGACAGCUUUACCAUGCGGCAGAGUCUGCAGGUGCUGUUAUGAAGAUAAGGGAUAGACUCAACCUGCAAGGAGACUUCAGCCAUAUAUACUGUCUUACUCAGCUGAGAGAAGACUCAUUCAAGAGAAAGACUCUAGAGUCGCUAAGUAAUGACCUCAUCAGUGCCAAGCAAAGGUUGUUGGAUGUCAAACAUCAGCACACGGCUUGUCUGGAGGCAUUCUUGGAGAGUGAAAAACUAGUCAGCUGGGUUAAGGCACACAUUAAAGAUCUAAGUGAGCUGAAGGUCUUUAUGGAAUUGGCUUCCAUUUCGGCUGGAGAGAAUGAUGCUGAGAUUGACAGACUGGCCAGUUUUCAUGAUGCUGUCAUGGGCUACAGCCCUUUGCUCUACUCCCUGUCUGAGAUGGCGGGCUUUGAAGACUUUAUAUUAUGUGCUCAGCAAGUGUGGGACACUCUUCGAAGAGAUGAGAAACUUUCAGGAAAACUGAAAGACUCUUCUCGUUGGCUGGAUUGGCUGAAAAGCCUGAGGGAGACUCAUGGCUCUGUUGAGCAGUCUUCUCUGUCUUUGGCCUCAGCUAUCAACACCCAUGGUGUGUACAAUGUAGGCUGGCCAGAUGGCUCUUCUGGAAAUAAGUGUCUGGGCAGUGUCUUAUGUAUGAAGGUGAUGAACAAUGAAAGGGACAAGACAUAUAGCCUUGAUGACCUCCUGGAGCUUCAGAACAAGCUGAUGCUUAUGUCAUCCAAAGGAGAGCAUGGCAAGGAGCAAGUGAACAAGUUCACUGAAGUUUUUGAGGGAGUGCAAAGAAUGGGACGCAUCCUCCUUCAGUUAUGUUCGUCUGGCAAUGUUUUCUUCCAAGACAUGAGAGCACUUGUGAAAUGCAACCCUGAAAAUGACCUAUGCAUUAAUCUUCACUUUCCCUUGCUUGGGAAACAUGUUGUCUAUCAUGGGCUUGUUACGGAGAGGCUUCAAGAAGUAUGUCGUUCUAUGGAAGCUUGCCAUGAAGAUUGGCGUAGUUUUAUGUCCGAUAUGAGGUGUAGAUUUCAUGUUCUGAAUAACUUUACCUCAGAACAACUAGUUUACCUUUGCUACUGGAUACACAGUAUCUGUGUAACAGGAAAGCCUGUACCACAGCAGAUAUGGUAUCUCCUCACCCCCCUUAAUCCAAAAAGCACCUUAAAUGACAUCAGAGAUGCCUUUGCAAAGGCAAGAGGGAGUUCCAAUUCUCUCUUUGGAUGCCAGCUCGGUGCUUCCUUUGUAAAACUAGAUUCAAAAGACAGUUCUGGGUCAGAACAGUCUAUGGUACCAAGACAAGAUGUAAAAGUAGGUAAGAUUUACAAAGUCAGUACAAGACAGGGAGCUGACACUGAGAAUAUGUUGGAAGAACAUCCACACAAACCUGAAACAGAAUGUGAAGUAAGCAAGCUUCAAGAACAUACUGAAGAAGAAGAAGAAGAAGAAGAAGAAGAAGAAGAAGAGGAAGAAGAAGAAGAAGAAGAAGAAGAAGAAGAAGAAGAAGGAAUCUUUGUUAAGUGGAAUCAGUAUGAGAUGGAGGUCCUUGGUGAUGAACCAGAAUCAGUGACUAAGACUGAUUUGCACCAUUCCACACUGCUCCAUGAAAAAGAUGCUUCAGAGCCUUUGAGAGAUUUGUGGCGACAUUUUAGAAGUGACAUGCCCAGAUACCUUACACACUAUGUAGAUAUAGAGCUCCUGGCCCGGUUCCUUUCCAAUCUCUCUGCCAUAAACCAGCUUUAUAUCAACCGAAGGUUACCAUCUAUUCUUCAUGAGGGAAGGCCCAAUCUUGUUCACUGUCCUGCAUCAGAGUUGAUAAGAACCACACUUUCUUUUUACAUGGAGAGCCCAGAACAGACUUUUCCCUCUAUUGAUGAGGUGUUAGUAUGCCAUGAAAACACAACUGAAGAAGAGAUGGAGAUCUUUCUACGCCGAUGCCUAAGCCAUGGUGCUUCAAGCAGUCAUAAGAAAAUUUAUACAUUGGUCAACCCAGGUUUGCUGACCUAUGAUGUGAGUGUGGCGCUGGCAGAGCAAUUUGAGGCAAUGGAAAGGAGUGCUGGGUCUCAGUAUCGCUUAAUUAUGGUCUGCCCAGUAAACCAAGACAGAUAUGUCCCAUCGUUCUUUAGCAACUACAAGGUGCAAGCAAUAUUGAACAUUUCUGCAAAAAGUGUCCAGGAAUACCUCCGAAAUCACUUGAAUAUCCCAUUUGAAUUUUGCUGCCACUUUGAGGCUUAUCCAGAUGGUGUUUCGUCCUGGAUGAUUACAUCUAAACGUCCAGCUGUUGGAAAGUCACUCUGUGUUAAACGGAUGUUCCAGCAUUUCAAGACAAAGUUUCCAUCAGCAAGUUAUCUGCCAAUUAGACUAAUAGAACCUUCUGUUGACAUGGAUCUCUUUAUCCAGACGCUUUUGGAGAAGCUGUCACCAUUGAGAGAAAAGGAUCCUGUUCUCCUGCACAUUGACACUGGAGCUGUUCAGUGUGGUUUAGAGGAGUUCCUUUUCAAAUUACUUGUUUUAGGAUGUUUGUGUAACAAUGAAGGGAAACUGUGGAGGAGAAACAAAGCUCACUUGUUGGCAAUUGAAGCUCUUCUGCCAGAUCCUGCACACAAUACUCAAACUCACAAAGAGUCAAAUCAAGGACUUCUGCAUUUACUGCCAACCAUCCACUGUAGACCACCAAAAGAAGUCAAAGAUUUGGAGCUCCAAAUAAAAAAUGACAGACACAUAUAUGUGACCUUAGACCCACUGAUGGACAGACAAGAAUUUGAGUCCGAAGGUGUUCAGAGACCUUACCAAUAUCUGAAGAGACUCAAGGAAAAUGAGAAUUUGGACCAUUUUAGAUAUAAAGCUAAGUCUGUAGAAGACAAUCCAGUGGACUGUCUUCAGUAUCUUUUAUCCAACUGUGGACUGAAAGACCCAUCAUGGGCUGAGCUGAAACAUUUUACUUGGUUUCUUAAUCUGCAGCUGAAAGACUGUGAGAAUUCUGCGUUUUGUGAUCCAGAGUUUUUUGCUGACAAUUUGUGUGGUUUCAAGAACUUCAUAGUUAAGUUCAUGAUACACAUGGCUAGGGACUUUGCCUCUCCAUCCCUGGACAUCUCUGACCAGAGCUCUUUUCUUCUCCAAAAGAGUGACCAAGGAGAUGAUCUUUUAGCCAGAUUAACCAUUCGAAAGCGAUGGGAGAAUGAGCCUCAUCCAUACAUCUUCUUUAAUGCAGAUCACUUGACCAUGACGUUCCUUGGUUUUCAUGUGGAGCAAAAUUCCAAGGGGACUCUUAAUGCUGUUGAUCCACGAAAUAGCAACAUUUUGAUGGCAGAUGUGAUGUCACAUGAACUUUUCUCAGGACUUCAGGAACAAAGAAUUUCCUUCUCUGAAGACUUUGAUCAACUACCAAGAAAGGACAAAAUAAAAAAGCUUUCCUUUGUUGUUGGUGCUGAAUUACGGUUUGACCCUGAUCCGACAUAUGAGCUCACUGCAGACAAUGUAAUGAAGAUGUUGGCUAUUCACAUGAGAUUCAGGUGUGAGAUACCAGUCAUCAUAAUGGGGGAGACUGGCUGUGGGAAAACCAGACUAGUGAAGUUCCUCUGCGAUCUGCAGAGGGAAGGCAGAGAUGUUGAAAACAUGAAACUGGUCAAAGUUCAUGGAGGAACUACUGCUGAUGCUAUAUACCAGAAAGUCAAGGAGGCAGAAACACUUGCAGAGGAAAAUAGUCAAAAAUACAAUUUAGACACAAUUUUGUUUUUUGAUGAGGCUAACACCACAGAGUCCAUCUUUGCCAUUAAGGAGGUACUCUGUGACAAGACUGUGAAAGGAUUUCCCUUGAAGAAAAAUUCUGGUCUGAAAAUAAUUGCAGCCUGCAAUCCCUACAGGAAACACAGUACUAAAAUGAUUGAACGAUUGGAGCGAGCGGGGUUGGGUUACAGAGUAAAAGCUGGGGAAACAGAAGAUCGACUUGGUAAAGUUCCCAUGCGCCAGCUUGUUUACCGGGUUCAUCCUUUACCCCCAAGUAUGAUGCCCCUUGUGUGGGACUUUGGACAGUUGAAUGAUUCAGCAGAGUUCUCAUACAUUUGUCAGAUUGUGCAGAAACAAAUGAAAGAACACUGCCUGCCUCUUAAAUGCCAGACAGUGGUCACCAGUGUUUUGGCAGCCUCUCAAAUUUACAUGCGGCGUCGAGAAGAUGAAUGCAGUUUUGUAAGUCUUAGGGAUGUAGAGAGGUCAUUGAAGGUGCUGGUAUGGUUCUACCAACACAGAGAACACCUUUUCCCAAACUACCAGUCGACUGACAUAGUCCAGAUGACCUUGAAAUGCUUGGCUCUUGCUUUGGGUGUUUGCUAUUAUCCAUCACUUGAGUUCAGAGAGAAUUACUUGUUGACUAUUAGCAAGUAUUUUCUCAGCCCACUUAACUCUAAAAAGGCACUGGAGGAUGAAAUUUCCUCUUGCCAGGACUUCUUUCUCCAGAACAUUCAAACAAGAGAGACAAUUGCUAAAAACUUAGCCUUGAAAGAAAAUGUCUUUCUAAUGGUGGUCUGUAUUGAGCUAAGGAUUCCCCUCUUCCUGGUAGGCAAGCCAGGGAGCUCUAAAUCUCUAGCCAAAACUGUUGUAGCAGAUGCCAUGCAAAGACAGGCUUCUCACUGUGAAUUGUUCCAGAAACUAAAAGAGGUACACAUGGUAUCUUUUCAGUGUAGCCCUCACUCAAGUCCAGAAGGAAUCAUUGGAACUUUCAGGAACUGUGCUCGUUUUCAAAAGGACAAGAACAUGGAUGAAUAUGUCUCAGUGGUGGUUUUGGAUGAGAUUGGUCUGGCAGAAGAUUCUCCCCAGAUGCCACUCAAAACCCUGCACCCUCUUUUGGAGGAUGGGUGCAUUGACAGAGAAAAGCCAGAUCUACACAUGAAGGUAGGCUUUGUUGGAAUAUCAAACUGGGCUCUUGAUCCAGCAAAAAUGAACCGAGGGAUUUUUGUGUCUCGUUGGGAUCCAAGCGAGACUGAGUUAGUAGAGACAGCCAAUGGCAUCUGUUCAUCCUCCAGGUCUGUUCUUCUAAGAAUGAAGCAUCUCUUGCCCAAGCUGGCAAAAGGAUUUUUAAGCAUAUGUAAAAGUGACAAUGACCAGUUCUUUGGACUCAGAGAUUAUUACUGCUUGGUAAAAAUGAUUUUUACCUCAGUUAAAAAAUCAGACCAGGAGCCUAGUGACAGUGACUUGGCAGAGGCAAUACUACGGAAUUUCAGUGGACAAAAAGGCAACUUUGAUCCUCUCAAUCAUUUCCAAGACCUGUUCUUUAACUUCCAUGAAGUCCGUAGGACAAGCACACUAAAAAUGAUUGAACAAAACAUUGACUACCACAAUGAAAAAGAGAGCCGGUAUCUUCUUUUACUUACAACAAACAAUGCUGCCCUGUACAUAAUUCAGCAGUGCAUAUUUUCAAAAGGUAAUUACACCUGCCCUGAAAUUGUGUUUGGUUCAGGAUUUCCCAAAGACCAGGAGUACGCGCAAAUCUGUCGCAAUGUGAGUCGAGUGAAGAUGUGCAUGGAGACUGGUCGGACUGUCAUCCUCUUAAAUCUGCUGAAUCUAUACGAGAGUCUCUAUGAUGCAUUGAACCAGUACUAUGUUUACUUUAGUGGGCAGCAGUAUGUUGACCUCGGACUCGGAUCCCACAGAGUGAAAUGUCGAGUCCACAGAGACUUCAGACUGGUUGUGAUCGAAGACCAAGAGAAAGUCUAUGACAAGUUUCCAAUUCCACUUAAGAACAGGCUGGAGAAGCACAGAGUAGACAGGAGUACAGACUUGGCACCAUGGCAGUGCAAAGUACUAGAAAAACUGACAAAUUGGGUGCAAAAGUUUUCCCAGUUUUCUAGGUCCUUUGCAUCAGAUUUUAUCCCAACUGAUGCCUUUGUUGGUUUUCAUGGAGAUGCAUGUGCCAGUGCUCUCCUGCAAGCUUUAGAAAGAAAAGCAAAACAGGACAAUUCAGAAGUGGGAGAUGGCCAUAUUGUCUUUAAUAUGAAGGACAACAGCAUUUCAGUGCUCACAGAAGAGGGUAGUAUGUCUAUAGAGGGUGACAUGAAAGAAAACAAGACACAGGGCCACACGCGAGGAGAAGGAUCUGACUCCAAUCAAAUUUUACCAGAUGACAAGAAAAGUGCUAUGCCAGACAAUGGUGUCCAGUCAGAUGUUCCUAAAGUUCUCUCUGACGAGGAUGCUGAGGAACUCUUAAUGAAUGUAGAUGACAAUUUGGAGGACAUUAGAGUUGAAAGGGAAAGAGUGGAAACUCUUGAAAACAUUUCUGAGUUGGAGGAAGUGGACAUAGGUUUGGCUGACCUUGACACAAUAAAGUACAACUUACCAAAGAAAACAAAGGAUGAAGAGGAAGAGGUCUUUGAGUUUGCCAAGUACUUCUUGUUGAACUGUGCCACUCCAGAUUCUGUGCUGAGGUUAAAGUACUCUGAACUAGCAAAUCAGGAAGUAGACAGGCUCCAGAAGCUAUUUUUCCAUCAGCAAAACCAUCACUCCCUUAGAGCCUUUAUGGACAGUCAUUUGCAGAAGUUUGAAAAGGAAAAAAACAGAUUCAUAGAGGUAACCACUUUCUCUAGUCUGCUCACGAAAGCUGAUGUGCGCCAUCUGUCACGGACUUUGGGCUUGAACAUGGAGCAACUCCUUUUACUCUCAUUGCACCAGUUUGACACAGAGGCCUCUUUUUGCAGCAGGAUUCGAUGCUUCCUUCAAAAUGCUGGUCUGUCCCUCCAUAUCCUGCUUGUUCAGAUGGACAUGGAGGAUUCCCCAUGCAAAAAUGAGCUCAUUGCUUCAGCAAAGUACUGCACCAUGAAUGAACUCCUGUCUUUCCCAUUAGAAGAUCGCAACUGUUAUAUUGUGUUUAUCACAAAGCUCGCCAGGAUUGCAAGUGGCAAUAAGUAUAUUGGUUUCCAAGGAGGUGCAUGGCUUUCAGUACAUAUUGAUGACCUCAGAGACACUGAUGACAUGAGUUUGGAUCUCUCUGUUUUCUGUGGAAAACCUAUCAGCAAACUCCUCUCACAGACAAGACAACCAGAUAUCAUGGGUGUAGAGCAACAGAGAGACAUGCCAAAAAGCCAGCUGAAUGAAACCGCAUACCUACACAGUUUUUCACUUGUGAGAUCCUGUACUCAGAAAGCUGUUUCUUUACUGAGAGACCCCGUUAAUAAAGCCUCUAGGAGUAUGGACCGUAUGCAGAUUCUUCUUGGCCUUCUGGGAAAUGACUCAGGACCAAUUGGAGCUAAAUUCCAAGAAAUAUUACUGGCAAAACUGGUGGUUAACAUGACACAGAGGGAGGAGCUAAUUCCUGAGGCCGGAGACUGGGUGAAUAAGGAAGCCAUGAAGCAAGAGGCCCUCCAAGAAGGCGGGACUCUCAGACACACUCUAUGGCGAUAUCUACAAAGCGUACUGACCCCGACCCUGGCCCAGGUGUUCGAGGUGUUGGACAGAGACUCUAACCUGAACCUGCUGUAUGGUGCUGGUGAUGGGCUUGUCCGGUUUUGGCUGGAUAUCUUCAGUGACGGCCACAUUCUAGAUCUCACAAGGCCGCGAAGUUCAAGUUCCUCAGAACAAGAGAUAAAUGUUCAGUGCAAUCUGUUGGUGUCAGGAGAGCAGCACAACUGCUCUGCGCCGUUUAGCUGGCUGAUCAGACUGUACUGUCAUAACCUGUGGGAGGAGUCUCAGUUUGUGCGAUGUACUGCACAGAGAAGUGAAGAGAGGAUCCUGCAGUUUGUGAGCGCAGUGACAAACAGUAGCCUGGGCGGCUACAUAGGAAAACUCUCAGAGACCGACCAGCAGGAGCUGGGCCAGAAAUAUCUCACUGAUUUUGUGCUGCUCUCCUUUAAAAUCCAGACUGAGGAAGAACUGAGGGUGUAUAGGUCAGCAGUGCUGGGGUGCAUCACUGCUCUGCAGCAAGCUAUGGGUGUGAGCCCUAACCUUUCUCCUGCCUGGAUCACGGCAGCGACCCGACACUACACCUCUCGCCUGGACACUCUUUCACAUGCACUGCAGCUUCAGUCUCACCUAGCUCCACUCAUCUUCAAACAGAACUCACACGACAGACCCGAUAUGUGUGAGGACAUUCUGGCUUUAGGUAUAUGUGUAGAGGAGACUAAGCUCCAGACUCUUCCAUCACUGGCUGCAUGUCGGAGCUUCCUGGGCAGAGUUGAACUGCUGCAGCCCUGUUUGCAGAGAGCAUUCACUCCUGACUACAGCUCCCUCUGCUGCUCUGGCAGUCUCAAACACUUGGACGCUAUAAAGACAGGGUGGCUGGGUAUGCUGGUCGUAGCUGCUUUUAUCGAGCAGGUUGUUGUCAAGGUCAACUCAUAUGAUGAGAGUCUGGGGGCAUUGACACUCAAACACUGCAGCCAGCUACAGAGGCUGGUGGAGGAAUAUUCUGACCUGCAGAGCAAAGCCACCCUACAGCAGCUCAUCCGUGUUCUCAACGACUACCACGAGGAGAGCACGAGCAGAGAGCUACGCUUCGGUCUGAAAUGUCCCGUGUGCCUUGGGGACCUGUCCAAGCCCUGCGUCCUGCAGUGCGAGCACGUCUUCUGUCUGCACUGUGUGAAGAAGUGGAUGCAAAGACAAGGCCCAAAGCAAUGCCCCAAGUGCAGGACAGCCCUGCCCCCCGGCUACCAGCCUACAGUUUCCGCCAGUGUGGCAUCAGCACUGAGGCAGCACGAAGAUGUGAGAAGAUGCUGUAACUCCUUCUUCUUGGAAGUGGUUUCCCGUUUCUGUCUCUCUGAGGAACAGCGCCCUCAAGAGGACAUGGUGGAACUACUCUUCUCCCUCCUUAUCUCAGCACAGGGAGAUGUAUAUAAAACCAGGGAGCUCACACCGUUCCUGGAAUGUGUUGACCAGAACCCUGUAGCACGAUCUGUGCUGCCCAAACUCUUACUGCAGCACAGUUUUGACCAGGUAAAAGGACACAUUCAGACAUACCUAGGAAACCUGGAGGACAAGCUCCUGGAUGACAAUGACAAGACAGAACUUUACAGACUCUUUGUCAACUGUUUCCAAGACUGUCUGCCCAGCCCAGGUCAGCUCACAGCCCUGGAGGCCGGAGAGGCGUGCCGCUGUCAGCAGGAGGACAUUAACUUCCUAGGUCGAGUGGCCCGCAAGCAGGUCCCAGCCAGGCCGCACCAGGCUGCUGAGCUUCUGCUGACCAUGGCACGGCUCCGAGCUUGUCUGGACAAGGCUGCCGGCGUUCUCCCCAGGGCUCUUGGCCUAAAGAGCGGCGGAUGUGCGGAUUGGGAGCUGAGGCUCCUGGAGCAGGUGAAGGCAGUGUGUGAGUAUGGAGAAAAUGACUGGUACAGAGUCUACCUGCUCAGAGCGAUUAACAGGCAGGCUGGCACCCACUGUGUACAGGCUGUAAUGAACAGCGCCCCCUAUGAGUGGAUCCUUCCCGUUGAGCUACUGCGACUUCAGCGGUUGGUUCCUGCGGAUGUAGACCGGUUCCUGUGCUGUGGUCAGCUCUAUCGGACCCUGAGAGAUGGGGUGGGCACGGCAGUCCUGGACGGCAGCACGCAAAAACUCAGAGCUGACAUGCAGGACGCGAGUAGAUCUGACUCUGUGAAGGGCGUUCUCCUCUGUUUGGCCUUGUUCAGACAGGUCACCUGCUGCUCGCGCUUGGCUGAACCUGCUCUGCAGCCAGGUUCUUCCCAGGAGCUGGACAAUCUCAUUAAUCUUGUCAGGGAGAAGACACUGGGUCACCUUAGAGAACUGUGUACUAGUCUCUUAACAAAUCAGCCUGGAGGUCUGACACCUUACCUGCACAUCACUGGGGCUGUAUCUGCUGGGAGGCGCCCCCUGCUGGAGCUCCUGGUGCAUGCCAGCGCUGUGUUUAAUAGUGGGAAUAGAUUGCUCCUCCCUCUCCAUCUCAUUGCCUGUAGGCCACAGACUAUGACGGAAACCUUCCUGCCUACCAUGCCAGAUGACAACACCAGCCAGGUCCACCAGUGGCUGAAGGAAAAGAAUUUAAAGAUGUACACUUGCAGCAAUGGUCAUCCAUGUAUGAUCGGAGAGUGUGGGAAACCAAUGGUUUUUGCGAAGUGUGACACGUGUGGAGUGCAGAUAGGUGGUCAGAACCACAGUCCAGCUCCUGGGUUCAAGCAAGUCCAAGGCAGGCUGACUGACAAGACCCGGCAGGGCCACAUCCUGGGUGAGGCAGGCCGCAGGUCUGAUGCUCCCAGCAGAGGUCUACCUAUGCCCCAGUCCUGUGUGCUACGCCUUUGGCUCCAUCUGGCCAUGCUGCACGGAUCUUCUCUUAAUCACCAGGGCAUCAGUGCACUGAUCCACCCUAAGGUUCAUGACGUCAAUGAGUUCCUGUGGGGCCAUGUGGAAAGGGACAUGGAGGUUCUUGGGAAAAGUCUGAAUCUAAACUGGGAUGACACAGCCAUCAUUAUUCACCUGAUCCUCAACACCGCAGCACAUCCCCCCACAGGUGGUGUCCAGCAGGGGGCAGCACAAUUGUCUUCUCGGCAGACCCGAGAACAAUGGGAAAAGGAGGUCUGCCAAGAAGUCAUUGAUCCCAUAAUAAAGGACUUGAACCGGAAGCUCAGGGAUGCUCAGGACUGCAUCACCGAUGACAACAGGCUGUGUGGCAGUGCUCUCAUGAUGGUGUUGAAGGGAGACCCCAGAACGCUCCUCUCUCUUCCUUCAAACUGUCCCAGCCAACACACAGUUUUCUGGACACCUUCAGAUACCCCGAGCAUAGAGCACCUUUCUCAGGUUCUAGCCCAAAAUAAUGCUGGAAAACCAUUUCCCCUGCUCUCUCUUUUCCUUGACAAAGUGCAGUUUAUAAGGCAGCUGGCUUGCCUACCUGACCUGGCUGCGCUGUUGUCUGAUCUGAUGAGAGUUGUGCCUGUUGACACUGAGACACACGCUCACACCAUCGGCACACUUCUGCAGAGCAUGCCUGAAGGGCAUCAGAAGAAUACACUGACCAAGAGGAUAAAAACCUUCUUCAUGGCUUGGAACCAUCUCAGAAUGGAGCUCGAGAACAAUGCUGCCGUAGGUAUAGACCCUGACUUGUGCUCUAAGGAUAUUUCCAUGGAGAGUUCUGCUGAGUUUCUCUCCCUGAGUCGCCAGGGCCCAGGCUCAUGCCUCCAUGCUCUCGUUGAUCUACUGUCAGAUACUCACAACAGUCUAGUACGAGAAGCUCGCAAACUCAGCCAUCAGGAAGAGGAAGACAGAGACUAUAGUGUACCUGUGGGGGCACUGUCUGAGAGUCACCUUGCUCUGUGCCACCCAGAGAAGGAGCUGCUCCCUCUAGUGUUAGCUCACUGUCAGUACACCCUUGUGAAAGGCCAACAAACCGCUAGUGACUAUGACCUGCAAUCAAUCGAGAGACAUCUCUAUAGACGUUGCUUAGCUGGCAAGCCGCGCAUCCAAACAGAAACUGACAAGUAUCUGAAGAGGCACCAUCAAGAUUUUUCAGAGGUCCUGAAAGAUGUCAGGACCAAAAUACCACAGAAACCACUGAAGAGAUCAGUGUGCAGCUCCAUGAGGAUGGGUCUGCGUUCCUUCACUGAUGUGUGUGACGGUGUGUAUGCUGUGGAGAUUGGUCUGCGCUUUCUGAGCAAAACUGGAGGACAUGCUCAAGAUUCACUGCUGUCUUACCUGAAAGACGAUCUCAGAAUGGAACAGCACAUCUCAAGCAGAGUAGCCAAGGCCUUGGCAGAAAACAGGCUGGAUCAAUGCACGGCUACCUGGCAGCUGUUCACCUGCUGGAGGAGUGAACUGAAGCUGCAGAGAGAUCAGGAGCCUUUGCCAAGACUUUCUAAAGAUUUUAAGAAGAAGCUGUCUGGAGAGGAGAGGAAAGACGUGAGAGACUUCCUGGAUGUGACCGAUGUUGAGCUUUUCACAUUGGAGCUUCAUGAGAUCUUGCUGCUGAAGACAGACAGCAAAUCACAGACAAGCUACUCUUCUGAAUGGGACAUCAGAAGCACUAUGGAAAUCCAUUUGGAGGAAAAAGGCACCCCUGCAUUGCCGGGACUGGACAUUCUUCCAGAGGCAAUCACUCUGAGCAAGGCUGUUGAGGUCUGGAGGCUGGCUGUGGCGUUCAAGAGAUGACUGUGCUUCUUCAUCUAGGUGGUUAACAAACCAAUAUUAAGAACAAUACAAUUGGUGUUGAAAGAAAAUUAAUCUUAUAUUACUUUUCUAUAGAACCUCUCCCCCUUUUUUUCAUCUGAAAUAUCUCAGGACCUGGAUCUGAAUUCAUUCCAGAAUAGUAUCUUGACACUUUCACUAACAUUUAAUGGUUUUAGUAAUUAAUUUGAAUAUGUCAAUGAUUGCAUGAGUUCCAAAACCAUUAGAUGGUCAGUAAUGCACACUUCUUUCAACAUUUUUUUUUCUUUCUUUUUACAACUAAAGCAAAAUAUAACAGCUGUGGAUACUUUGGUUCAAACUACUUACGCUUAGUUCAGUCUUCUUAACUGUGAUAUUAUUUGCAAUAAACAUUUACUAUUCCAAGUUGA